AGCAUGUCUAGACCUGUAUUUUAUGUGACUAGUAAUUGUCCUUUUUGGCAGGUUCGGGCACUGAUUCUCUGCUUCAAAUAACCCCUGGCUCGUGCACCAUGUGGACCAAAGCAGUUAGCGGCUUUGUUGAUACCUCCUUUCCCUCUUCACCCUGACGUUUGAGCUUUCAAGAUCGCCUCGGACUCGCAAUAUCACAUUCUGUUCACCCUGUCAACUACUCGUCGCCUCUUUCGACUGCCUCUUGUAAAUCCCUGACUUGAGUAAUCGGCGAGGUGGUGAUAUAUCCAGCCUGUCGCCGUGUUCAAAGCCUUCACCAAUCUCGUACCGGUCUUGCCUCGUUAGCCCCUCGCUCAGCGUGCAUCUGGCCUCGUGCGCCCAUACUUGCGACCAUGUCGAACCUUUUCUCGGGAAUUAACGCCCGCUUUAGAGGGACGGCGGCUAAAGCCCCAGGUCAGAAGAGCCCGGUUACAACCAGCAGUGGCCAACCUAGCUCUCCUACCACUGCCUCUCAUCAAGGCAGCCAAUCAUCUAGCAGUCUUGCAGCUCCAAAGAUUCCUCCGCUUCCAAGCUCACCAUCCUUAGCUAUGGACGAUUCCGCGUUGGCCUCCUCCGGGUCGAGUGGCGACGCAGUUCUCAACUCGUACCAUCUCCCUCGGCCAUAUCCUCUGUGGUUGAACCCUUCGUACGCCAAGCACAUUGUCAAGGGUAACUUCAUGACUUUGAGUGCAAGGCCGAAGACCGUCGAUCAAGGAGAAUGGAUCGCUCACCAAGUCGUCGAGCACUAUCGCAAUCUAUGGCAUUUUGUGCGAGUCAUACAUGAGAAAGAGGAGGACGGCAACACUAUUUGCAAUGCUACAACUUGCCCGAGGAUGUCUGCUGGGGCGAACCAUUCCUUUACCUGGCUCAACUUCAAGAAAGAGCCCGUCGAGCUUCCUGCUUACGAAUAUAUCACUCUGAUGCAACGUUGGAUUUCCGGCAAGAUCGAUGAUGGAAACAUCUUCACAACAGAUUCCAACGGCGUUUCCUUCGCCCACAACCCCCAGAUUACAACGUCCCCUCUCUCACAGUUGAGCAGUCCUGGGGACCGUGACUGGGUUGGGAAGAGAAGCGGAUUCCCCGAGAACUUCCUGGAGGUCUGCCAGACCAUUUUCCGACAAAUGUUUCGGGUCUAUGCUCAUCUUUACUGGGCCCAUUUUGUCGAUCCCUUCUACCACCUGAACCUUGAGAAACAGCUGAACAGUUGCUUCUCCCACUUCGUGCUUACGGCUUGCGCAUUGGACAUGCUAAAGCCUCAAGAGCUUGAACCAAUGCAACCACUGAUUGAUCUCUGGGCAGCCAAUGGCACUUUUCCUCCUGGCUCCAAGGCCUAUGAUUACGCAAAUCAUAAGGCUGGCGACAGAUUAUUGCAGCUCAGCAAUGUUGCCUAGACUGUAGCAUCUGGAACUUGGCAGAACAGCGAGCCGAUUACUCGAGGUCGUUCAACGUUUUACUUAGCAACAGAGCCUACCCAAAGACCUGUGGACGGCCGCAGCAUUGGCGAAAGCUGGGGCACCAAGGCCUAUGCGCACAAUCUCUGAGGACAUCUGGUGACUCAUUGGAAAUAUAUAUGAGCAUGUGUCCCCCGUCAGAAUUCAUCUAGAGUUGCUUUCGCCUUUACUCAGGACAGCAUAGCGAGAGUACUGACAAUCGCGUUCACAUCAAGCGACGCACUAUUCAGAUAUUUGUAGCUGGAAUAGAGGCAUUAGGACAAUUUACUCGAGAAAUUAAGUGCAUAUAGAAAUUCGAGAACUCUGUUCUAUGUCGACGAGUUUGCGUAGUGAUCGGUCGUAACUCAUCCGCUAUUGGCGGCGUGUCACAAUUGUGCAAUCAACAUGAAGUAUGUG